UUCACAUCAAACAUCCUCGUAAGUGAAAAAAAAAAUGGCAUCCUCUUCUCUUCAAAUGUUCCUCACUUGUUUGCUCUUGCUAAUCUCGAUUAUCCACGGCCAGCCGUCGUUCCGACCAUCCGCCCUAGUCCUCCCGGUGAGAAAAGACAUCUCCACCCAACAAUACGUCACCGCAAUCAACCAACGAACGCCCCUCGUGCCCGUAAACCUCGUUGUCCAUCUCGGCGGCCAGUUCCUCUGGGUUGAUUGCGAUAACAACUACAUCUCGUCCACGUACCGGCCCGUACGUUGCAGAUCGGCCCAGUGCUCACUGGCCCGAUCCAACUCCUGCGGGGACUGCUUCGACGGGCCGAGGCCCGGUUGCAACAACAACACCUGCGGCGUCUCCCCCGACAACCCCUUCAUCCGCACCGCCACAGGCGGCGAGCUGGCCCAGGACGCCGUCUCCGUCCGGUCAACCGACGGGUCGAAUCCGGGCCGGUUCACCUCAGUGCCGCAAUUCAUAUUCGCAUGCGCGCCUACAUUUCUCCUCCAAGGCCUCGCCAGUGGGGCGACAGGCCUAGCGGGCCUCGGGCGAGCCCGAAUUGGGUUGCCCUCCCAAUUCGCGGCCGCCUUUAGCUUCCAUCGGAAAUUCGCCAUAUGUCUCACAUCCUCAACUUCGUCCAACGGAGUCAUUAUUUUCGGAGACGGCCCGUAUAGAUUCCUCCAGAACACCGAUGCAUCCGCCUCACUAAGAUACACUCCCCUGUUCAUAAACCCUGUCAGCACGGCCUCGGCUUUUACCCAGGGAGAUCCGUCCGACGAGUACUUCAUCCGCGUAAACUCAAUCAGAAUCAACGACAAACCAAUCAGUAUCAACACCACAUUGCUAAUCAUCGACAGCGAAGGCAACGGUGGGACGAAAAUCAGCACCGUCAAUCCUUACACCCUCAUGGAAACAUCCAUCUACAGAGCGUUCAGCGCCGCGUACAUUAGAGAGGCCGCCGCCCGGAACAUCAGCAGGGUCGCCGGGGUAGCGCCUUUCGACGUGUGUUUUAGCAGCAGCAACGUUUUCGGGACGAGGGUGGGGCCCGCUGUCCCUUACAUUGAUCUGGUUCUGCAGGGACAGAACGCGGUUUGGACAAUAACCGGUUCGAACUCGAUGGUUAGGGUAAAUGAUGACGUGCUGUGCCUCGGGUUCUUGGAUGCGGGUUCGAAUCCGGUUACUUCGAUUGUGAUUGGUGGAUAUCAGAUUGAAGACAAUCUGCUGCAGUUUGACUUGGCUGCUUCUAGGUUGGGUUUCAGCUCUACGCUAUUGGGCAGGCAAACUACGUGUGCUAACUUCAACUUCACCACCAAUCCGUAGAGAAUUUAAUUCGUCUUUUUAAUUAUAAUAAUGAUCAUAUAUAUGUUAUUUAUAUACUUGGAAUAAUUGGCGGCUAUAUAUAUGCUAGUAAUUGGUUGAUUUAUGUAUUUGUAUACAGUUUGUUUGGCUUUUUGAAUAAAUGUAUUUGAUGAUUGUACUUUCUAAUUCAAUUUUCGUAAGGAUUUUUGAAAUUGAAUGUUCAUUUUC